GGUUCUGUAAUGUUAAGUUGACUGACUCCCGAGCAGGCUGUGAGAAAUAGGGCACUAAUAACAAGGCAUGGAGUCCUUUCAUGUGGUGGGCGCCGUAUCGCUUCUGUCCAGCAUACAAAUGGGCUACCUAGCUCGACGGGUGGGGCGGGCUAGGGAGGCCCACAAAAUCCUGCCCCCUGCCGUCAACGGCCCUCCGGAGUUUGAGCGGACCUUCCGUGCACAUCAGAACUGUGUGGAGUUUUACCCCCUGUUCCUGGUGACUCUGUGGACCUGUGGCCUGUUCUUCAGUGAGGGGGCUGCGGUCGUGGGCGGGAUGGCGUACAUCUCCGCCCGCCACAUGUACUUCAACGGAUACGUCAAGUCUACCAAGAAAAGGUUGCCUGGCUUUUAUCUGACUCUGGCUGCCCUUUCUGCCCUGGCCCUCAUGAGUUUGACCGGAAUAGUGAGCGGGAUACUGCGCAAGUACGCACACGUCCAUCUUUGAAGACUUUACCUCCACGAGCAAAAAACAAAUAGGCCAACUGUUUGGACUGAAAUCUGGAAUAUCGUCUACCUGGUCAAGAAAAAAAACUCCAAAGUCAUCCAUCUAUUUUCUGAACCUCUUAUUCCCAAAUGGGAAUAAGUAGUCAAUGGACAACAGGCAGGGUACACCCCUGGAUAGUCCACACACAGAGACACACAAGGACGAAGAACCACGCACACCCCACGCAUACCCUUUAGUAAAAAAAAAAAAAGGUUGCAUUAUCCACUCAUCGUUCAUUAAUCACAGUGUUUAAAGACCCCAACAGAGGGACGGUCACCAGACUUUCCCUUCCAAAUUUGUGAUCUCAGCGCAGGAGUUUGCGUAGAAAGCAGGGUCUGUGAUGUACCAGAUGUGCCAGAUGUGCUCGAUUGCUGUUUUCUGGAUUGUUUUAUCUUAAAUUUAAUUUAUUCCCAUUUAAACCAAAAAUAAAACACAAUUUCAAUUCAAGAUGAAGUGUUUCCUUGUCUAUCUAUCUAUCUAUCUAUCUAUCUAU